AUGGAAGUAUGCUACUGCACCUCGUUUUCCUGCAGUUCUUCAUUUUUACCGUCUUGGGCCAGAAUUACUAUGGAGGUUACGGUAACGGCCAGCCAGCAUUCUUGUCCAGCUAUCCGCAACAGUAUAAUCAGCCACAGAUGUAUCAUGUCUGCACAGCAGCAGUACUAUGAUCCAGCUCAGCAGGUUCAGCAGCAAUACUACACUCUCUCUCAGCAGGGUCAACCGCUGAGUCCGUCCUAUCAGCCCAUAGCGCAAGAAGGACAGCCACAGCCAUACCAGCAUCAGCAGUACCAGCCCCAGCAGCAAUACCAGCCAAUGACCCAGCCUAUGACUCAGAGCUACCAGCCGAUGGACCAGCCGAUGGCCCAGCCGAUGGCCCAGCCGAUGGCCCAGCCGAUGGCCCAGCCGAUGGCCCAGUCGAUGGCCCAGCCGAUGGCCCAGCCGAUGGCCCAGUCGAUGGACCAGCCGAUGGCCCAGCCGACCCAAGUUGACGCCCAGAGUGAUGAUCAGCCGAAGGACUGUAGAGCAGCGAAAGUGCGUGGUGACUUUUGCAGUACUGCCCAACAACGGCAAAUGUUCUACUAUGACUCCGCUACAAAAACAUGCCAGCCAUUCAUGUAUAACGGCUGCAACGGAAACGGUAAUCGUUUCGAGACCGCUGCUGAAUGCAAGAGUUUCUGCAUAGACGGCAAUGGAGCUACUCACUCAGCCACGUCGGGCGGACGACUGCUUCCCUUACAGCAGGCCAUGAGAGGUACUCAACAGUGCCCAACAGGAUAUCAGUGCACUUCUCAGUUCUGCUGUCCAACUCCAGAUUACCUGUGUAAUCUUCGCUACGAUAGUGGCAAGUUUGCUGUUGGCGGUGAGAAGAGCGAUCGUUACUUUUACACCAGCGAGUACAAGACUUGCAUGAGAUUCUCCUUCUAUGGAACGCUCGGAAAUGAGAACAACUUCCCCGACUUCAACUCUUGUAUGAGAACAUGCGGAUCUCAGCAGUGA